CUGAUUAUGAUAUAAGGAGUGAAUCAGCAGAUGAGGAAAAUAUGGAUGUAAAUGUAUAUAAAUAUGAUAUUGAUGAUAUACAAAAUACUUUUUUAUCAACUAUUAUAUCCUAUCCGAUUUAUAGUGUACGGUGUGCACACACUUCAGCUGGCACUUCAAGAUGCUAUAAAAUUAUCACCUAUUGUGGAAACCAUUGCAAAAGCUAGGAGCCUAAAUUUAAAAUUAAGACAUCCCACUUACCAAAAGUUAUUAAAAAAUAUGAAACUCCCUAAGCCUGUGUUAGAUUGCCACAGAUGGCAUUCAACCCAUGAUAUGUUAGAAAGGCUGAUUUUACUAAAACCCAAUAUCGAAGAUUUUUUUACAGAGCAAUCUGAUUAUUUAUUGACUGAAGAUUGGAAAGAGAUAAUAACGAUUGUUGAAAUUUUAAAACCGCUAAAAAUCGCAACCAAACAAUUCCAAUCUGAACAGUUAACACUGACAGAUUUUUAUGCAGCAUGGUUAAGAUGCUGCAUCGAACUGGAAAAAAAUCCAAACCAUUUUGCUCAAUUACUAUAUUCUUGUCUUAAAAACAGAGAAGAAAGGUUUAUAAAGAACGAAAUUCUCUUAGCUGCCAUAUACCUGGGCCCAAGAUACAAGGUAUUACUUAGUGAUGAUGAUAAGAUUUGUGCGAAAAAACAUCUUGUCAAUUUAUGGAGACGAAUUAAAAGCUUAACAACGCCAAUUUUAUCUGAUGAUAUUAGUUCCGAUGAAGUUAUUGAACAAGAAGAUGAUUUAGAGAAAUUGAUAUAACUUAAAGAAAGGCAGGAGAAAAUAUUUAAAAGAGGGCCAACGAUUGCUGAGAAAAGUAUUGGAACAAUAAUUACUGGAUUUAGCGAUUAUAUAAGAUUAGAUAAGAAGGAAAAUAUUUUGCAUUUUUGGGAGUCUGCUAAGCUGGAACACCCUGAAUUAUAUAUUUUAUCUAAAAUCUUAUUUGCUGUUCCUGCAACCCAAGUUAAUUUUUCAUAUUUUCACAUAUAAAUACAUUUAACAUAGGUUAGCGUUGAAAGAUCUUUUUCACAUUUGAAAUUCAUUCUUUCACCACAUAGAUCGAGGAUGAGUGAACAACUCUUGGAAGAUAUUAUGCUAAUACGUCUAAAUAAAAUUUUUAAAAUUGAUACAUGACUAUAUGCUUUGUAUUUUUAACUAUAUUGGCCUAUAAAUAAAAUAAAAAAUUUAUUUUUUAUAUCAAAUUUAUGUCUAGUUUUUUAUUAUGAUUUAAAUAUAGAAUUUUUUUUAUCAACUCAAAAAUUCUUGAACCCGAACCGAACCCGAACCAAACCCGGGUUCAAAAAUAUUUCCCUGAACCGAACCCGAACUUUUUUUUUAUACCCCGAACCG